AUGGCGACUUCCACAACUCCGCCCGAGUGGCCUUUUUCCUACCUUGCAGUGGUUGUGCUCGUGCUGGUUACAUACUGGAUCCUGGCUACAUUCCGUCGAGUCAAGAGCAGAUUUGACUUUAUGAAGAACGGCAUGUCAACGCUCAAAAAGGAGGUAGAAAGACAUCCAAGCCAGCCCUUUCGAAUGCCUACGGACCUAGGCGAAGUGACGGUUCUUCCCCCUGACUAUGCCGCGUAUCUACGUAACCUGACAGAUCUAGACUUCCGAGAAGCCAUCACAAAGGAAUUCCAUCGUCAUCUGCCAGGCUUUGCUGCCUUUGGAAUUGUGAAGCAUCCAGCACACAUUCUCCAAUCUGUGGCACGGAAGCAGUUGACACAAUACACGAACACAAUUAUCGAACCCCUAUCCUCAGAGGCCUCUUUCACAACCGAAUUUAUUUUCGGCAGUCGCCCUGGAUGGAGAGAGAUACCAGCUAAGGACGCGUUAUUGGAGCUCGUUGCUCGCCUAUCUUCGCGAGUGUUCCUUGGGUCCGACAUUUGCCGCAACGAGAAAUGGCUUAGGAUUACCAGAGAGUUCACAACGACCAGCUUUGCCGCUGCAGCCAAGCUUAACAUGCUGCCAUGGGUUCUAAGACCGCUAGCCAACUUACUCGAUCCAUCUUGUCAACAGGUACGGGCCUUCAUCGCAGAGGCGGAGGGGAUACUACUUCCCGUUAUCGAAAGCCGUCGCAAGGUCAAAGAGGCGGCCAAAUUAGCUGGCAAGCCAGUACCUGUAUUCAACGAUACCAUCGAGUGGGCUGAGGCCGAGUCGCAGGGAACGCAGUACGAUCCGGUCGCGUUUCAGUUGAUGAUUUCGUUCGUCGCGAUACACACGACGUACGACCUGCUGGGUCGAGUUCUGUUGCUUUUGGCGGAGCAUCAGGAGAUUAUCAAGCCUCUGCGCCAGGAGAUGGUCGAGGUCUUGCAAGCUGAAGGCUGGUCCAAGACAGCACUAAACCACAUGAAGCUAUUGGACAGCACCAUCAAAGAAUCUCAGAGAAUCUCGCCAACCUCUUUGUUAACACUACGUCGAGUCGCGGUCAAAGACGUCACACUCCCCGACGGCACCAGAAUUCGAAGAGGCGAUCGCCUUUGUACCCACUGCUGCAAUAUGAUGGAACCCCAGGUCUACCCUGAUCCCGACAGGUUCGAUAUAUCUCGCUUCAAGCGACUUCGAGAACAGUCCGGGGGCGAGAGCAAAGCCCAGCUCAUCACCCUAACUCCGGAGCAUCUCGGCUUCGGCUACGGAGUGUAUUCUUGUCCGGGGCGCUUCUUCGCCGGACACGAAAUCAAGAUAGCCUUAUGCCACUUGCUUCUGAAGUACGAUUGGAAAUUGGGGAAUGAACGCGGGUUCAAGCCAACCAUCAUUGGCGUCAACUCGUUUAUUGAUCCUAGCAUGUUGAUCGUGUUCAAGCGACGCAAGGAGGAGAUUGACUUGGACGCCUUGCGCUUUGAUGAAGGUGUUUCGUUCGAUAAUGAUUGA